AUGGCCUCCCCGCAACUGCUCUAUUUCCAUGCCCCCGAGGUUGGUCUUUCCUUCCGCGCGAAGCUCCUCGCCAAAGAGAGCCCCGAUGUGGCCGAGCAACUGCUGUCCCAACUGCCGAUGCAGAGCACGUUAGGGCACGUCGUCAUCUCCGGGCAGGCUUUCUGGCUCCCUACCCGCAUCGUGCACCUGGGACGGAACAACAUGGUGAAGCGCCACCCGGGCGCCGUCUACCUUAACUCGGUCGGGGGCUCACUGUGCCUGACGUAUGGCUCCAUCACCGAGAGCGCGCUGGUGAACAAGGUGGCGGAAGUCUUGGAGGAGGACCUGCCGAUCAUCAGCCAGCUGGGCCGGCUCGUGUUCGACAAGACCGUCACCAGCGCGCGCCACACCCUCCUCACCAUCCGUAUCUCGCUCGUCCCCAGCAAGAGCGGCGUGACGGCGGAGUCGCGACCGGUGGACAUGGCGGUGAUGCUGACCUCGCGGCACGAGUGCACCUGGCGCGAGGCGGCGAGCAUCAUCUCGGCGCAGGUCGACCGGGUGUGGAUCCACGAGCCAGAGGAUAUCAAGAAGAUCAGCUGGGGCAUCAUCGACAGCGGGGCGGGCAGCGGCGAGCAGUAUUUCUCGGUGAUGGUCCACCUCAAGUCGUUCCUGCUGCACCUGGGCUGCGAUGUCCUGUACCGGCUGCUGAAGAUCUCCCAGUACGAGGAGAUCGCCCUGCCGGUGCUCCGCCGCAUGACGCGCGAGUUUCUCGAGCAGAACUUCAACACCUUCGAGAUGCUCACCGACCUGGGGCUGAGCGACAUGGGCGAGAUCGGCGACGUGUAUUUGCACGGCCUGGCCUCGUUGACCAGCAAGGACGACUACCGCAGUCUGACCGGCGUGCUGUUCACGUAUGUCUGUCGCAUGCAUCGCUGGGUGCACUUCAUCUUCCCGUGGAACAUCGGCGUGGCGUUCCCGCACCGCAAGCCCGAGGAGAUCAUGACCAUGUCGAUGAUUGUGAAUGGGCUGCCGACUCCAGCGAUCUCGGAGCAAAGCGUGGGAGGGGCUGUCGGCGGGAAGUAUGAUGCGAUGAUGCGCAUGGCAGGGAUGGUGGAUGAGUCUACGGUUUGAAGGAGUGGAGGGGGGUUGUUUCACAGCCACAGUUCGAGUCAGUGGCUUGGGAUUGAUUACUUUGUGGAUGUGAGGCUUGUCUGCAGGGUGCUGAUUCUGG